AGAGAGAGAGAGAGAGAGAGAGUAUAUAAAAGCUAGCUCCCUCGUUGAUUUUCCCCACAAAGAAUUUUCUCAAGAAAAUGGGAAGGAAAUAUGCCAGAUUGUGUGUCGGUCGAGGAGCAACUUGUUUUCGGGUUCAUUCCCUUUCUCUUCGAUCUAAACCUACAAAGAAUCCUAUUAGAGCUGGUCAAAUAGCUGAGUUUUUCAGCAGUAGUGAAGAGAAUUCGUUUCGCUCGCCGGAUGUUGACGGCAAGAAGACGGAAAACGAGAAUAGUGAAGCAGCAGCAGGAAAUAAGAUAUUGAUUGUGGUUGAUUCAAGCCUAGAAGCAAAAGGAGCUGUGGAAUGGACACUCAUUCAUGCUGUUCAAACACAGGAUACUAUUAUACUUCUUCAUGUUACCAAGCCCUCCAAUCCAGCAGGUAGUGCAGACUCAAGUGGGAAAGUGAAUCUAAGGGAUUUUCAACGUCUUCAUUCUUUAAAAAAUAUGUGUCAGACAAAAAGGCCUGGGGUGAAGGUUGAGGUAGCAUUGAUGGAAGGGAAGGAAAAGGGAUCAAUAAUAGUGGAAGAAGCAAAGAGACAAAAGGUUUCAUUACUUGUACUAGGGCAAAAAAGAAAGCAGUCCAUAUGGUUGCAGCUAAUGAAGAUAUGGUCAAGAAACAGGAGACGCAAAGAAGUGGUGGAAUAUUGCAUCCAAAAUGCUUCCUGCAUGACAAUUGCAGUGAGGAGGAAGAGCAGGAAAUUGGGUGGCUAUUUGAUCACCACCAAGCGUCAUAAGAAUUUCUGGCUUUUAGCUUGAAUUUGAAAGCCAUUUUUUUUUUAUGGGUUUUACUUGUGAUUCAUCUAUCAUGCUUGUGGAAAUCCCCUUGUGUUUUAAACACUUGAAUAUUUUGUUCCUUGAUUAGAGGAAUACUACAGGUACCAAAUUUUUUUUUUUUUCCCUAAA